GGCUCACGUGUUCCCCGUUUCCGGGUCCGCCUCGGUGUCCGUCCUCCUGCAGGAAAGGGCGGAGAGCUCCUCGUCUGCCCCAGCGGUAGCCAGAGCCGCGCGAAGCCGCUGUGGGGACUUCGGUGGCAUUAGGUUGCAUUGACCCCGAGCUCUGAGACUCCUCAGUACCAUGACUCAAGCAGAAAUUAAACUGUGCUCUUUGUUGCUGCAAGAGCAUUUUGGAGAGAUCGUGGAGAAAAUUGGAGUCCACCUAAUCAGAAAUGGCAGCCAGUCACUAAGAGUAAUUGCCCAUGACACAGGGACAUCAUUAGAUCAGGUAAAGAAGGCCCUGUGUGUCCUCAUCCAACAUAACCUGGUGAUCUAUCAAGUGCACAAACGUGGCGUGGUGGAGUAUGAAGCCCAAUGCAGCCGAGUAUUGCGAAUGCUCAGGUACCCCCGGUAUAUCUACAUUGCCAAAACACUGUACAGUGACACCGGAGAGCUGAUUGUGGAGGAGCUGCUGUUGAAUGGCAAAAUGACAAUGUCAGCUGUCGUAAAGAAAGUGGCAGACCGGCUCACAGAGACUAUGGAGGAUGGCAAGACCAUGGACUAUGCUGAGGUGUCAAACACAUUUAUGCGACUAGCAGACACACACUUUGUGCAGCGUUGCCCGAUGGUGCCUGCCACUGAGAAUUCAGACCCUGGGCCACCACCACCAGCCCCUACUCUUGUCAUCAAUGAAAAGGACAUGUACCUGGUUCCUAAACUGAGCUUGAUAGGAAAAGGUAAAAGGAGGAGAUCGUCUGAGGACGAUGCAACCGGGGAGCCCAAGGCCAAGAGACCAAAACAUACCACAGACAACAAAGAGCCCAUUCCAGAUGAUGGGAUUUAUUGGCAGGCCAACCUCGACAGAUUCCAUCAGCACUUCCGAGACCAAGCCAUCGUCAGCGCAGUCGCCAACAGGAUGGACCAGACCAGCAGCGAGAUUGUGAGGACGAUGCUCCGGGUGAGCGAGGUCACCACCCCGUCUGGCGCCCCCUUCACGCAGCCGCUGUCUUCCCAUGAGAUCUUCAGAUCCCUACCUGUUGGCUAUAACAUCGCUAAGCAGGUUCUUGAUCAGUAUCUCACUCUGUUGGCAGAUGAUCCACUAGAGUUUGUUGGAAAGUCUGGCGACAGUGGCGGCGGAAUGUAUGUCAUCAACCUGCAUAAGGCUCUAGGAUCCCUAGCCACAGCCACACUGGAGUCAGUCGUCCAGGAGAGAUUUGGGUCUCGCUGUGCCAGAAUAUUCCGUCUAGUUUUGCAAAAGAAACACCUGGAGCAGAAGCAAGUAGAAGACUUUGCAAUGAUUCCAGCAAAGGAGGCAAAGGAUAUGCUUUAUAAGAUGCUCUCAGAAAAUUUCAUAUCACUCCAGGAAAUUCCCAAAACACCAGACCAUGCCCCAUCCAGGACCUUCUAUUUAUAUACAGUGAGCAUCUUGUCAGCUGCCCGAAUGUUGCUGCACAGGUGUUACAAGAGCAUAGCCAACUUGAUAGAAAGGAGGCAAUUCGAAACCAAAGAGAACAAGCGUCUACUAGAAAAGUCUCAGCGGGUAGAAGCCAUCAUCGCGUCUAUGCAGGCUACAGGCGCAGAGGAGGCACAGCUACAAGAAAUAGAAGAGAUGAUCACAGCCCCUGAACGCCAGCAGCUAGAGACCCUGAAACGUAAUGUCAACAAGUUGGAUGCCAGUGAGAUCCAGGUGGAUGAAACUAUCUUCCUGCUGGAGUCAUACAUCGAGAGUACCAUGAAGAGAUAAUGACCCAGAAGAAGGAUGUUCCUUAAAAGAUCUGGGGGAUUGGAAGAAAAAAUAAAGGAGGUGCCUGGAUGCAUUCUUGGCAGUGGGAUAAGUAACAGAAUCUUGUACAGAAGCUGUAUCCGACCACCUAGAAUACACCAGAAAGAGUUUGGCAUA